CGCGCGUCAGUAUCCGGCAUUGAUUCCCGAUCUCAACGUUCAACCGCCAUGGCUCCUGCGUCUUCGGAACAGAAUUUCCGAGCAAACUUGCAACAAUUCAGGUGGUCGAGGGGUGUGACCGACGAUUCACAGCCCCAACAAGCGCAGCAGUCCUCCAAUCCUUUCUCGAGGUUCUACCAAUCCAUUGCCGGCGACUACGUACCACUACGCUCGAGCGAACGAAGCAAUGAAGAAGAGGCCUGGUUUGCGUUGUCCAGCUGGGAAAGGCUUCUUGGAUUCGGGGCGUGUCUCAUUGGCGCUGCAGUCUGUUUCUUCAUUGCAUUCCUGACCAUCUUACGGCCAACCAAAUUCGCGCUAUCAUUUAGCCUUGGGAGCCUGCUGGUUAUGUUUGGCUUUUCUGUUCUUAUAGGGCCGAUAAAUCACAUCAAGCAUCUUGUAUCCAAGGAGCGACUGCCGUUCACUAUUGUCUACUUUGGCAGCCUGGGAGCAACCCUCUAUUUCUCGUUAGGGCUUCAUUCAUUUUUGGGAUCAUUAAUAUGUGGUGUCGUACAGGUUGUAGCCUUAUUGGCAUACAUACUCGCAUACUUUCCAGGUGGAACCCAAACAUUACGACUUGGUGGCCAAAUGGCAGCUCGCGGAGCAGGAAGCCUUUUGCCUCUGUAGUGGUGGAUUGUAUUAUUAUACCGACACGAUUAAUUUUACUGAUUACGACUCGGACAAGACCCAAAAAUACAAUCAAUCAAUAAUCCAU